AUUCUUUACUAACGAAAUUCCAGAUCGACAUACUAGUAGCACUAAGAUGACAAUGGUCAACAAAGACCAAGAGAAAGACGUACUGAAGGAACAGGAUUCUACUGAGGAAUGUUUAACGAGUUGUCACGAUGAGUUUAGUGAUUUGGACAAUGGAUGGGCCUGGGCUGUUCUGUUCGCAAGUUUUGGGACAUUUUUCCUGAUUGGUAACUCAAUGUAUGCAGUAGGAAUAAUUCAUUCUUCCUUGUUGGACAGAUACGAAGAGAGCGUGUCUUUAACAUCUUGGGCUGGGGCAUUACACACCGCAUUCAUGUCACUAGGAGGGCCAUUAUCAACAGUAGUAAUCGACAGAUUUAGUUGCAGAACUGCGAUAACAUUAUCAGGGGUGUUCUUUGUAGUUGGUUAUUUAGCAACAGCGUUCGCACAGACCAUCGAGGUGGCUAUAUUUACUUGUGGCAUUAUUGCAGGAAUUGGUGCUGCUCUUGGGUAUACUGCUGCAAUGGUAGUCGUCGGCUUCAACUUUAGACGGAAACGAAACCUUGCGCUUGGUAUAGCUCUGUCCGGAGUUGGGGCAGGAUUGUUCGUUUUGGCGCCUGUUGUGCAAUUAGCCCGUGACUACUAUGGUCCUGCCGGAUUCUUCAUUAUUCUUGCUGCACUAACAGCCAAUAUUAUAACAUUCGGCCAAAUGUGUUUUCCAAGCAAAUUAGAAUUACAAACCCAAGUGAGAAGAAAGUUUGAUUCAACUAAAUCAAGUUCAAAUAGAAAUAUAUUUGCCAGUGUAAAACCAUAUCUUCAUGUUCUAACAAAUAAAGGAAUGGUAUGCCUGUUUUUGUGCAUGUUCUUUUAUUGUCUUGGCACGUAUCUUGUUUAUCUACAUUUACCUACAUUUAUAGUUACCAAAGGUUUCUCCGCGGUUAAAGCCUCGUUUUUGAUAUCAUUAUCAGGGAUAUUGUCUUUAUUUGGUCGCUUGUUAACCGGUAUUGUUGCCAACUUGAAUCGAAUAAACGACACAGUUUUAUAUUCUGGAACAAUGUUCAUUGUAGGGAUAGCAACCUUCAUAUAUCCUUUCACUGCCGAUUAUUUUGCUGGACAUGUGAUAUACACAGUGCUUCUUGGACUCUUCUUUGGAAGUUGUUAUGUUACUAUAACAGCAGUGAGCCUGGAGUUUGUGGAGAUAAGUUAUGUUGCUACUGCUAUUGGCCUUCAGUUCUGCUUUGGUGGUAUUGGUGCAGUCAUAGGACCCGUUUGUGCAGGUAUUGUUGUGGAUGCAGGUGGAACGUAUGAACUGUCCAUGAUUGUUGGAGCUGUUUGUAUUUUAUUAGGAGCUGCGUUUAGUGGGAUCACAGUGUUUUGUAGAGAAGCUAACAGUGAAGUUGUACUGCAUUUAAAUGAUACAAUAGAACUUCCCGUCAAACAAGCGUCAGCCAAUGAUGUUUUACAACAACCAGAAAAAGAAAGCUUCUUACAAAACUUAUCAGUCGACAAAUGAACAGACGCUUGCUGUUCAAAGCAAGCAGCUUAAAAGUAGUUCUCAAAAGUGUUCAAAGCAAAAAGUAGUCCUGAAUAGUGUUCAUGAUAAACAAUUUUUUUUCUGAAAUGUUGAAAGCAAUAAGAUGUCCUGAAAUGUGUUUAUGAUUGCAAAAUGCAGUCCCUCAAAAGUGUUUACAGCAAAAAAUAAUUUUGGACGUGUUGAAAGCGAAAAGAAUGUCUCAUAAGUGCUCAUGUCAGGGAUGGUGAAAGCAAAAAAUAGUCCUCAAGGGUGUUUCUGGUAUGUUCAUGAUUAAAUGUAGUUAUCAGAAGCAUUGGCAAUAACACGUUACUCUCAUAGGUAUUGAUGGUAUCAAUCAGUUCGAAAUAAUUGAACAAAAUCAUUUUGAAUAAAACAAGAUAAAGGUUACAACUAGAUAAAUUAUCACAAAAUCAUAACUGAAGAUAUAUCGAACACAUUCCUGUUAUUGUAUCCAAACGAAUUGGAAAUAACAUAUGUGCGUAUACUUCAAUAAGUUAUAAUAAUUAGUAAUACUUUAAUAUAUGGUAACAAAGAAUGCAUGUGACUGGCGUAAGCUUUUAGUUUUAAAGAAGCAGUUUAAAGUGUGUCACGUCGAAUAAUUGUACUUUAUAUGAACACCAUGCAUAUAUUCUUAUGAUACAUGUUCAUUUUAUGAAACAACCAACAUACUAUUUAGGAUAAUAUGUACCAUGACAUGUAUACAUAUGUUCAAGUUAACUGGGUGCUUACUUUUAUGCAGUCUAACAAUAAGGAACAGUCAAUUUGAUAAAAGAAUCUCAAAAUGAUUAACAUAAAUAUGUCAACAAGCCACACAAACUCGAACACGAAUCUAUUUAACCCAUUACUUCAUAUAGACAUAUUUUCAAGUUUUUUCACCCCCCUCUUUUUGAGGCCUCAAAUGGUGAACAAAUGCCCUAUUUAGACCCCCAAACACUCGAAUUCGUUUUGAGAAAGGUUGUUUAAAGAAGUGAUCACUUUUUUGGCGCCGUCCCCUAUCAAAAAUACAUUUUUGAAAGUUAAUGU